AGUGGCUCUUUUAUCUUCCUGAGAUAAUGUACACACUUUUUAUCUCCUUUUUAUUAAACCCAUAAUUAAAUAUAAUUCAACAUCAUUCCACCUAGCAUCAUUUGAUCAAAAAUUUCUACAUUAAACUACAUUUGUUCAUCGAACUUAUUAGUCCAAAGUGAAGUAAUUUGUGAAUGUUGAAAUUAAUCUUCUAUCCUGGAUCAUAAAAAGGUGCUAAAACGAGAAUUGUCACUAUUUAUAUGAAAUUCUGAGCACUGAUUUGUGAAGUGGUAUUAACAUUACGAGAUCCUCUAAAAGAAUUAAAAGAGACUGAAAAAAGAUGAAGAUUAUAAUGCAGAAUGAAAUCACGCUCUUUGACGGUCAAUUCGAUGUAGAUGCCAUUUUUCGGCAGAAGAUUUACGAGGAAAUGGAUGCUGGCCAGGACGAGGCGCUCUAUCUCUGUAAUUUGUCGGAUGUGGCAAGGAAGUAUGACCUCUGGUGCCAGAAAUUGCCACGUGUGAAGCCUUUUUAUGCUGUUAAGUGUAACAGUGAUGAGAAUGUUGUGAGAUUGCUGGCCAAAUUGGGCACUGGCUUUGACUGUGCCUCACGGACUGAGAUCAAUGCUGUUCUCAAAUACGGAGUCACUCCUGACAGGAUCAUCUUUGCCAACCCAUGCAAGGCUAACUCCCAUAUUCGUUACGCAGCGGCCACUAAUACCAGCCUCAUGACCUUUGACUCUGCGUCUGAGCUUGAGAAAAUUCGACUGCUCUACCCAGACGCCCAUCUCGUUCUUCGUUUUCGCUGUGAUGCUAAAAAGGCAGAGGUCCUGAUGGGUAGUAAGUUUGGCUGUGAUCCACAUAUUGAUGGGCCACAACUUUUGCUCAAGGCAAAGAAUCUCGGAUUAAUCGUUGUUGGCAUCAGUUUUCACGUUGGUAGUGGCUGUGAGGAUCCUCCAAUUUACCGAAAAGCCAUUAAACAUGCCCGGAAACUCUUUGACUAUGCUACAACAUUGGGUUUUUGCAUGACUUUACUGGAUAUCGGUGGAGGAUUUCCAGGUGACAUAGGAUCAGAUCUUGGGCCGUUUGCGGACAUUGUCAAUGCAGCUCUAGAUGACUACUUUCCGGAAGGAGAAGACAAUAUUGAGAUAAUUUCAGAACCGGGAAAAUAUUUUGUGGCCUCAGCAUUUACACUUGGUGUAACAAUUCAUUCCAAGAAUGAAGUUUUAGGACCAGACGGAAAUGUGACUCAUAUGAAGUAUUACGCUAACGAUGGAGUGUAUGGUUCUUUUAUUGGAGUUCUAGUAAAUUUACCAAUCACAGAACCUCAUGCUCUGCUAAAGAAUACUUCUGAAGAUAUAGAAAAAUGUCAACCAAGCGUAAAAUCUACUUUAUGGGGUCCUACUUGUGAUGGUUUUGACAAGAUUUUUGAGGAUCAGGUGCUACCACAACUUGACAUAGGUGAUGUGUUGGUGUUUCCCAAUAUGGGUGCCUAUACCAUGAGCCUUUCCACCACAUUUAAUGGUUUUCAAAGUGCUCAAGUGAUGUAUUUCCUAGAAGUUCAGGAUGCGAAGGACUUAGGAAUCAAUCUUUGCUCACCGGUAAACAUCGCUGGAUGAUUAUAUUUUAGAAUUAACAAAUAAAAUAUUGUAAAAUUAAUUAUAUAAUAAAUUUAUAUCCC